GAAAGGAAAGGAAAGGGAGACAGGAAGAUAACAUUUUUGAAAAGGAAAGGUAGUUGAUAGAUAGAUAAUUUUAUAUCUAGUGUACAGAGUUAAACGUACAGAGUAUAAGUUUGUUUACUCUGCAGUACAUAAAGAGAAUGUAUGAAAAAGUUAGAACAGUUUCUCUGAAAGGAAGUGUAGACCCACAAGUAAAAAAUCUACAGGUUGUAAGCUUUGACUCUGACUGGAAGGAGGUUUAUAUUGGAGCGAGUAAAAAGGAUUCUUUUACAGCAGUUUGCCCAAACAAUAUUCCUCAAUGUGCAGAGGUGAGUGUAAGAUAUGUGUGUAAGAACAAGGAAAACGCCAGAAUAUCCUGCUCAAAAUGGUGUCCAAUGGAGAACUGUACAAUUCUAGUGCUAGGGAGUCAGUUCGGAAUACAGAUACUUGAUUGGGAUGGAGGAAACCUAGUGUAUGAGUAUGAUUUUGAAGAACAGGGAUUACCUCCAGAUGAACUACAGAUUCUUGGAGUACAUGCCCGGGGAGUAGCAGCUGUAGGAACCUCACUGCUUGCUGUAGGUUUACAUACUGGAGAUAUCCUGGUUCUAAGUAUUGAACUACAAGGAGAAUCAUAUCUCUGCAAUAUUGUCGAAAAAUUACGAGGUCAUCUCAGCUAUAUAACUGAUCUAGCUAGUUCUAGCACCACGAACGGUCGUGUUCUUGCAUCAGGAGACAGUGCGGGUACAAUCUGUAUAUGGAAGGAGGAGGGGGGCUCCCUGCACCUCCAGGAUAAACUAGCAGACUGGGUAGGAUUCCCUAUCAAUACACUCUCCAUCUGGAACAGAUAUAAAGAGGGUUUGAUUAUUGCUGGAUAUGGAAGUGGGCAUAUCAGAAUGUUUAACAUUGAGACAGGAAAUAUUGUGUGCGAACUUACAGCACAUUCAGGUUGGAUUACUGGAAUGGAUCUUGCUAGUGGGUCUGGUCUGUUGUUAACCUGUUCUGAGGACAGCUAUGUCAGAGUUUGGCAGUUAGCACUCAAGGGACCACUCGUAGAGCACAGAUACAGCCAGCCUAUACAUGAUUCUCUACUAACUGGAGCAAAGUUCUUGGAUCCGAAUGGCUCAGUGUUCUGUGUAUCUGUUUACGAUUCUACUGAAGUUCCAAUUUAUCAAAUGUAAAAUUUAAAAAGAUUCCUCUAUUUACGGAAAUAUUUGUGGAAAUAAAAUUAAUUAAUGUUAUGUAACUAGUUUGUAUAUACAAUAUAUAUAUCGUACAGUAAGAACCAAAAUAAUGUGGAAAUGUCGUCUGUGUACUUUCCUUUAUUUAAGAAUUCUGCAAUUAUUGUAACUGAGAUCUUUCUAAAAAUUAGUCAGGGCAAUUUUAAAGAAAUAGAUGGGUAAAAUGUUAAAAUCCUAAGCUAUAAAUGAUUUACCACUCUUACAAUCAUAUUGGAUUGUGUUGAGCUCCAAAAUAAGAUUUGUUGGCCUCAUAAACCAACCAACCCCCCUCUUGGCUCUUAAAUUGCUCUUAUUAUCAUUGCAAAAACUGACUCUCCGGGAGGCUGCGUGCCCCUGAAUACCAAUGCCUCCCCGUCUCAAGUUUUCAUAAAUAUGCUUUAUAAAUAUUUUAUUCUGCUAGCCUUAUAGGGCGCUUCGCGCCCAUCU